CCUGCCCUUUGCAGCCUUGUCUCCCGCGGAGCACGAAGCUGGGCACCCUGGGGGCCAUGCAGAAGGCCGGGGCUGGGGGCCGGAGGGCCUCCGACUGCGGCCCCACCCCUCACCGGCCCAGGUGCAUCACCAAGUUUGCCCAGUACGUGGGCUCCUUUCCCGUGGACGACCUGGACACCCAGGAGCGCGUGUGGCUGGUGCAGCAACAGCUGUGGGCACUGAAGGACUGUCCCCGACGCCGGGCCGUCAUCCUGAAAUUCAGCCUCCAGGGCCUCAAGAUCUACAGCGGGGAGGGUGAGGUGCUUCUGAUGGCCCACGCCCUGCGGCGCAUCCUCUACGCCACCUGGUGCCCAGCUGACUGCCAGUUUGCCUUCAUGGCCCGAAACCCCCGGAGCCCGGCCAGCAAGCUCUUCUGCCACCUCUUUGUGGGCAGCCAGCCUGGAGAGGUCCAGAUCCUGCACUUGCUGCUCUGCCGCUCCUUCCAGCUGGCUUACCUGUUGCAGCACCCUGAGGAGCGGGCCCAGCCUGAGCCCUGCCUGGGGCCUGCAGGGGACGUGGCCCUGAAGCCCCUGUCCGGCCCUGGGGCCCCCUCUGGGCUAGUACGCGAACCCUUCGGCCGUGAUCAGCUCUCGCAGAACGUUAAUGCGCUGGUCUCCUUCCGGCGGCUGCCAGCAGAGGGCCCCGGGGGCAGUGGGAAGGAGCUGCCGGAGUCCGAAAGCCGUGGGGGCGCCCGCCACGCGCGCCUGGGGAACCCUUACUGCUCGCCCACGCUGGUGCGCAAGAAGGCCAUUCGCAGCAAGGUGAUCCGCUCCGGGGCCUACCGCGCCUGCACUUACGAGACGCAGCUGCAGCUGUCCGCUCGGGAGGCCUUUCCUGCCGCGUGGGAGGCCUGGCCCCGGGGGCCCGGGGGGCCCUCAUGUCUGGUGGAGAGCGAGGGCAGCCUGACAGAGAACAUCUGGGCUUUUGCUGGCAUCUCCAGGCCCAGUGCCCUCGCCCUGCUGCGGAGAGACGUACUUGGGGCCUUCCUUCUGUGGCCCGAGCCGGGCGCCAAUGGCCAGUGGUGCUUGUCGGUGAGGACACAGUGCGGUGUGGUCCCCCACCAGGUCUUUCGAAACCACCUGGGCCGCUACUGCGUGGAGCACCUGCCUGCAGAGUUCCCCAGCCUGGAGGCCCUGGUGGAGCACCAUGCUGGGACGGAGCGCAGCUUCUUCUGCUCCCUCGACAUGGGCCGCCUGAACCCUAACUAUGAGGAGCAGGACUGCGGGCCUGAGGGCAGGCCUCCCCGGACACUCCGGCCCCUUGGCCAUGCCAAGUCUGAGGCAGAACUGCAGGGCCUGGGCUAGGAGGCUGGGCCCCAAACCAACAGGCCCUGCCUCAGCCUAGCUCCUGGGCCCCAGCAGGGCGCUCUGCUCUGCCCUCCUUCCACCCCGCUGGGCACCAGUUCCAUCCAAUCACUCUGCCCCUUGGCCCAGUCUUCCAUCACUUCCCUGUCUGUGGGGGGAGCCCUGAGAGUGGGGAGUGCCCGUGGCUUCUCACAGGCCCUGGGGCCUGUCAGGAUUGCAGGAGGGGCAGGCAGAGCUCCAGGCUUCCGAGAACUUGCUGGGUGAUGGUGACUGCUGGUCCUCCCCGGGCUUCACCUUCAUCCUAGUCCUGGAGGGAGGUGUGUGUUCACCAUGGAGGCGGAGCCCUCUCCUCAGGACACCAGGCUUCGGGGCCCUGCCUGGGCGUCUCCAGAGAGCCCCUGACCGAGGAAGCCAGAUGCAUGAGGGAGAGGUGUUCAGGGAGGCAGGAGUGAGUUCUCACUUUGGGCAAAGCCGUGGGGACAGGCCACCCACCCUCUCCGUGAGGGCCACAUGGAUGACCUGGUGGAGCUUGUGAGCUACAUGCAGGCUGACGAAGCGUGGCCCGUUUCCCCUGUCCUUUGAGGUUAAAGGAGUCUUCCCUUGAGUUCUGAAGCAUGGGGAUUAAGCCAGUUCAGAAAGGACGGGAUGGAUCAAGAGCCAUGCCACCCAAGGCCCACACGCAGAUGGACACCUGUGUGCAGAAAGAGACGUGGACCAGCCAACGGGGCAGAAGAUCUCAGUGUGUCCAUUAGGAAGGCUGGUUUGUCUCCACAGGCUUGAGAUUCCUAUUUACUUGGAAGGGAUGUCCCAGCCUCAUCUCCUACCCCACACUCCCAAGAGCCACCAAGAGAGACACACAUGCCCCCAGGCUCAUUUUCUUUGGCUAUUUGACUAGGAGGGGCCAGGAGGGAGCUGCAGGCUUAGAGGGGUGACCAGAGCUCUGCUCCACCCAUCCUGUAGGCCAGACUGGGUCUGGCUGCCCAGGCAGCCCAUCAAUGCUGGCAUUUCUCUUAUUGUGGCAUCUGUCAGGGGCCACUUCACCAGGCCAGCCCCACUGGGGAUAGGGCUCAGGGAGGAAGCACCCAAAGGUAGACCUGAUGAGGCCCUGCUGGAGGGCAUGUGACCUCUGCGGGCAGUGGGGUCCCUCCAGGGAAACAAUGCUAAAGCAGUGGCUCUGUGGGGACUGACAGAUCUGGGUGCCCCCCUUUUAUAAGUAAACUUGAUAGACAGACAUAAAUCUACUACAUUGAGUUAGGGAGCAAGUUCACUUUGGAUGAACUUGUAUUCUUGAGGCAGAGGCCUAGUUAUGAGUCUGGGGGCUGCCCUCUCCCCCCACCUGGGAAUGGGGUGUGACUGCUCGGUGCCUUGAAAGUGACAGACUUCUGAUUCCUGGAAGGAAGAGGACAGCCCCAAUGGAAUAUAAAGAAGGGAGGAGCCUCAGAAGUUCAGGCCCUGUGUUCGCAGCUUACUGUCUCCGGCUCAGGAAAUGGUCCAGGCUGGGGCCUUGUCACCUUGUCGCAAGGGAUGGGAGGAAGCUCUUUCCACUGGAACCACAGCACUACAUGCAAAGGGGGACUCGGGGCUCAUUUAUGGGCAUUGCUACCAGAACCCCUCUCCUCCCUUGGGCAAAGCCCUGGUCCCUCGUGGGAGGCCCUGGCCUCGCAUCUCCCUGGCAGGGAGAGGGGUUUGGUGACGUGGUGCCAGGAUUUUACGGUACCGGAGUCUCCAACAUUUAAGAAGUCCUGAUAGCCGGUCUUGCCUCUAUGAGGGAUGGGUUUUGUUGCACAAGUUAUCUGUGUGGACAGGGUAUCAGGAAUGCCGCCAAAGUAUUUUAACAUUGCUUCACACAGCAUUUGUGGAUCACGUGAUACAAAUAGCACAAAGUUUUUGACCCACAUGUGCAGAUGCCACAAUGUCUUAACUACAGACCACAGUUUUCUCUUUGUUCCAACCAGUGCCACCUGGGUAGCCCAGCUUUCCUUCCUGCGUGGA